AUGCCACAUCGUGCACAGAAUGUCGCCGUCGAAAGCAAAAGUGUUCCCAAGGCCAACCUUGCACAAAUUGCCUUCGAAGAUUCCCUCAAACAACAUGUGAAUAUACAACCACCCCCACAAGAAGGUAGGUCCAAAUUGCGGUACCACUCCACAACUCGUUUGCUCAAAUCAACCCUCCGUAGAUCAUCAAGCCAAGGAGGUACGCGGCCCAACGAUGUCAAGGUCGUCGUGGAAGGCCCGGCCUAUUCGCAUCUCGACGUGAGCGAGUUACAAGACGCCAUUCUGCAGCUGGAGCGCGAGACGCGUGACCAAAUCGAAAAGAAUGGCUCCCAAUCGUAUUCUGUCAAGUUCCCCCGACGCCAAAACUCGGGCCGGGCCUUGAAAGGCUCACAAGACACGGAAAACGACGAAAGCAAGCUUCAUUCCAAAACCAACAGCGGCACUGGUGGCAAGGAGCAGCCCUUCAAGAUUAUUGUCAAGGACGAAACCGGCAUCCUGAAGCCCCAGAACAUGCGGACCCUGCUCAAGACGAUCCUCCAGGUCCGAGUCAACUUUGCCAAUAAGAUUGUCAAUGAUGAAUAUACCCUAGACUCGAGAGCGCUGUUGCGCAUGGCGGAGCGCGCGACGAGACCACCGCUGCAAGUGAGCAGUUACGAAGAUCACCUCCACAACUUGCCCAUGACCCUCAACAAGUUAAACAUUGAGCUUGUUCGAAUAUAUUUGCAACUACUUUGCCGAUUUAAAGCAGUGGUGGAUGGCGCCCCGAACCCGACGAAUCGAUUCAUGAAGCACUGGGUCCCUCUCUCCAUCAAGUCGCCGCUCAACCUGCAAAUCAUCCUCUACACGUCCGCUUGCUUCUUGAACGAGACUGGCCAGGUCCCUAAAAUGGUCGUCUGGGCACACAAGAGCGCCGUGCACAAACUUAUCAACGAACACAUCGCCAAAGUCGGCAAGAACCUCAGUGAUGAAGUCAUCAUGGGCACCGCCCAGAUGGUGCUAGACUCGUGGUACUGGGGAACGACCGAGGAGAUGCACGCCCACAUGCUCGGCCUGAAAUCCAUGAUUAAAAUUCGAGGAGGCUUUCAGACCUUGGGCAUGCAGGGUUUCCUCGCCAAGACUGUCAUCACGGAUGACAUCACCAUCGCCCUCGCUCACGAAGUCCCGGCCUCUAUGUUUGACAAGGAAGGAUUCGAGUUUAAAGAUGAAUUCAUGGUGCCGUACCAAGUAUCCUUUAACUCACCCCUCAUGUCAGACUGGCCGCCAUUUGCUAGCUCGGCCUCUACGCUCAGCCUACACCCCAACGCGAACCAGCUUCUCGACGACAUGCGAAACCUGCUUAAACUCGUUCUCGACCUCCCCGAACACCAAACGCCAGAAAAUCUCCAAAAGGUGGCCGAAUUGGCGGCCUGGACCUACCAGCGCAUCUCCAUGCUCCCCGAGAACGUGCCCAAGCGGAGCUGCAAGGAGCAGCAGCAGCAGGAAGACUUGCAGAUGCACCAGCAGAGAACGCAGCAGAUGCCGCAACACCACGGCCAACAGCCAACGUUGAUAGAUGCCGAUUCGAAUGCGGACAGAACCUCCACGGGCACGAGUGCGCGCUGGGACGGGUCCUCACCGGAAAACACGUACGCCAGCAGCGUGUUCGAAAGCGGUACGCCAAAAGACGAGGCCUCCCUGACGCCCAACACGUCCCCCGCGCGCAGCGGCAGCGACCAUUUCGCGGCGGCGGGCGCGCGUCCGGACCUCAUGUACCGCGUGAUUCGUCACGUGGCGCUCAUCUACUGCCGCGCCAUCUUGGCCCGCUUGCCGACGAGCCAGGUGUGCGACUCGAAUGAGUUUCUACAGAUUUGGAUGAAUAUAUGGGAGGUGCCGCUGGCGCAGUGGAAGACAAUUCUCGGCGUCUACCACUGGAUCACGAUUGGACUCGUUCCGAGCGGGCACGACACGGCGCCGGCGCGCUUCUCCAAGAUGCUCAUGGUGGUGGCGCUGCUGUCGAUCGGACUGGACAACUGGCACAUUUGCAUCGAAGUGUCCCGGGCGGCGCUGAAGCUGCAAAAAUGGCUGCGAGAAGGACAUCCGGUCGCGCCGGUAGGUAUCGUGGGGGGUGAAGCCGGGGUGGCCAAGUUUGGGUUCCCGAUCAAGGAGGACUUGCCGGCGGUCGCAAAGUAUGACGGGAUUGACUUUUUGGAGGGGAUUGAGGAAGACAUGGACGAUGCGGACGAACUUGUGUAA